AUGGCUCCGAGCCGUUCACGACAACCCGUCAGAGUGACACUUAGAACCAAGGCUAACUUGUUGGAGCGAAAAAUCAAAGUUGUCACCGAGCAACAUGUCAUUGACAAGCCGUCACCCGUAGAGGCGUUCCCCAUGCGAGAAUGGAGCUUGAAGGUCUUCUUGCUUGACGAGGAUGGUAACGAGCGCCCCGCAGACGUCUUCACCAAGGUCGUCUAUAAUCUACACCCUACUUUUGAUAAUCCCGUUCAGAGCUUCCAGAAAGCACCCUUCACGUGUAAGAACGAGGGCUGGGGCGAGUUCGAGAUUAGCAUCGACUGUUACACCACGGAGAAGACCAAGCUAGCACCCAUCAUUCACGACCUCAACUUCCAGCAGGAACGAUAUGAGCAGACGCACACUGUGGUCUUCAAAAACCCUUCACAAAACUUACAGGAGCGCUUACGUGAAACCGGCCCUCUUCCCACCGAUGACGAUCAUAGGAAGAAGAAGGGACUUGCGACCAAGAAGAGCUCCCAGAAGUACGACUACGAGAAGAUUGCAGAAUCCCUGGAGAAGCUCGAGGAAGAGGAUCUGCUGCGCGUGAUUCAGAUCAUCAACGAAAACAAGGGGCCAGACACGUACAUUAGAAGUGAUGUCGACGUGGAUGACUUGGGUAAAGCCGGGGAGUUCUCGAUUGAUCUCUACACUAUGCCGGAUGGCUUGACGUCGAAGCUUUGGGAACACCUUUCCAAGAAGGGCCUUGUCGGCUAG